AUGUCAUCUUUCUUGGAGUCGAACUCGAGGAUCCGAUUGUGUAUCGCGACUCUGAUAUGCCUACUGUUCAUGAUCAGCUUUUACGAGGCUUGGAGACACGACUUGAUGUCUGGUGGAUUGGAUAGCGUGGCUCUGUCAAUCGGUCAGACUGAUACAGAUUAUGGGGCUCUGCUCUUUGACAGUAUGGAGGAGAACACCGGAUCUGUAUCCGACGAGGAAUCAGCAGUGUCGAGAAUUGUCCGUCCUGCCAUCAUCGCAGGUACCGUGGCUGCAGAAAGCUUGUCAUGGAUGCAAAAUAUGACUGGAAGUUUCGAUAUCUUCCCCUUUGUGGUCACCGACCUCAAUGCACCAACGACUCUUGCUGUGCCUGCCAACAAAGGAAGAGAAGCCAUGGUGUACCUCAGCUAUAUCAUACUCAACUACGACAAUCUACCUCCUUACGCGAUAUUCACGCACGGUCAUCGCACCGCCUGGCACCAAGAAAGGGACAUUGUCGAAAUGAUUCACGACCUCAAAUUUGACACUCUCGCACAAGCACAAUACGUAUCUCUUCGCUUUAGCUGGUCGCCUUCCUGUCCAGCUGAGUUGCGUCCAAAGCAUCAUGAUGCAGUUGUAUGGGGAGACGGCGAUCAUCUCAGAGAGACAGAGAACGCGAUAGGAGACGCAUGGCCAAUCUUGUUUCCCAAUGAAGACUUACCAGAGACGAUAGCAUCCCAGUGCUGUGCGCAAUUUGCUGUGACUAAGCAGGCGCUACGUCGACGAACCAAGGCUGACUACACCCGAAUGCGGGAGUGGCUCCUCGAGACACCUCUUGAUGACGCCGUCAGCGGAAGGGUUUUUGAGAAGCUCUGGGCAUAUAUCUUCCUUGGAGAAGCUGUGCAGUAA